AUGCUUUUCGACUACCAGGAUAUCAUAAAACGUGAUAUUACUGGUGAUGAGUUUCAAAUCUAUGCUUACGAGCCAGAAACAAACGUUGAAUCGGCCAAAUAUCGUGACAAAGUCGUUAAAGACAGUGACAUCAACAUAGUUCUUUUCCCGCUUAUAUUUGCCGAGAUGCUUGGAAAAGUUGAUAUCGAGGCCAACGUAGAAGGCGGUGGGCCCUCUGGUCAGGCGGGUGCCAUUCGUUGGGGCAUAGCAAUGAGUUUGCGCAGCUUCGUGGAUCAAGAAAUGGUGGAGUCGAUGCGGUUAGCUGGUCUCUUGCAGCGUGACUAUCGCCGUCGUGAACGUAAGAAGUAUGGACAGGAAGGUGCGCGUCGCAAGUACACAUGGAAGAAGCGUUAA